AUGCAGAGCCCUUUCGACCUCAGCAUCUUCAUGAGUUCGGCUAUCACCAACGGCUUCCUUGAGGUCAUGGGCGUGGUAAGAUGCAACCGGCAUUACAUAGCGGCAAGAUCUGAGUUGUUGGAGCAAAGCAAGAACUCAAACAAAGGCCUUGACAGAUCCAUUCGCAUCUGGGCCGAGCUCGAGCAGAUGACGAAAGACAUCGACAGUCUGGGCAAGAUAGUCGGCUUCGUCGACCGAGGCAAGAUCAACCGCGCGUUCAAGGAUACCAAAGUGCUGGCAAGGGACGCAGUGGUUUGGCACCUCGUCGGUUGCUUCAGGACGUGGCGGGAUAACAGGUUGAUUCUGGAGCGGUCGUUUCUGGAGAUCGGCAAGAAUAACAACCUUCAGCCGCAGAUGAUUCAAUCCUUGUACAAAGUCCAGUCAGAGAUACUUCUCAGCAUGAUGUCGAGCUACUGGGUGUGGGAAGUGUUCGCAAGAAAUGUUUGCGGAAACUGCGAAGAUAGCAAGAACUUUGCCAUACUCCAAC